UGUCCGUCAAGCCAAUUUACGGAAGUGUCACCGCCCACUUCAAAGAUGGAGGACGAUAUCUCAGAUGUGAGCAGACCACAAAUGUACUUGUUUGGUUGCACCCUAAAAUCGGACAAGCGAGAGUUCAAAGUUGACGUAGACGACGAUGAUACGGAGCAACAGCUGUCACUCAAAGCCGUGUGUCUGGGAGCUGAGGCUGAGGAUAAGUUCCACAUGGUGGAAGUCGAGGGCCUCACUUACGAUGGAAAAACGACCAAAGUGCCACUGGUUGUCCUGAAGCCGUCCGUCCUGCCGUCUAUGAGUUUAGGUGGAUUUGAAAUCACUCCUCCAGUUACCUUCCGUCUUCAGUCUGGCUCCGGACCAGUUCAUAUCAGCGGGCAGCACUUUGUUAGUGUGAAGGAUUCAGAGGAUGAGGAGGAGGAGAACAACACAUCGCCAGUCAAACGACCUGCAAGUCUGAUGUCUGGGAAGAAGCCUCCAUUGAAAAAACUGAAGAUGGAUUCUGAUGACGAUGAUGAAGAAGACAGUGACGAAGAUGAUGAAGAUGAUGAUGAAGAUGACGACAGUGAUGAAAAUGCUGUGAAGCCUCAGAAGAAUGUUGGAAAAGAGCUCAAAAAAAGCCCAGAGUCUUCAGCAAAGAAGCCCAGCAAGACUCCAGUGAAACAAAACGGCCCUGCAGGAAAGCCAUCAGGAUCAGCAGUCAAACCACAGAUUAAGACACCUGCCCCAGGAAAAGACAAACUCCAGGCCGGCCCGUCUAAGUCUCCCUCUCUGACUGAGAUUAAGAGCAAGUUGUCAACUGCAGCCAAAGAGGGAAAACCCCUACCGAAGACAGAGCAGAAGUUUGAGAAUUUCGUGAGGAGUUCUUUUAAAAUCUCCGACAAAAAAGUGGUUAAGGACCUCUGGAGUUUUGUACAAACACUGAAGAUUGAGAAGAAGUAACAAACAAUGUACUUUGAAGCAUUUGUAUGUUUUGCAUCCUGCAAGACAUUUAAAGGCACAGUCAGCGAGAUUUCCUACUCAGCCUUAUGGCGUCAUCUUUGCUUACUAUGAAUUGGAGUGAACAGAAGGACUCAGUGCUGAAAAUGGGUAAAGCCAUUAAUGAUUCAGGUGUCAUUGUAUUUUUAGAUGCAAAGCACCUGCUGGAGCUCACAAACUCACUCAUUAAUGUUUAGGCAGACUGCAGAUAUUCCCCUACUUUGUCGCCAAUCUGCACCACCUAUAGGAAAAAAAAAUAAUAGCACCACCAAAUAGGACCUGCACAUGUUUAUCAGUUUCAUACAUGACAGAAAUAGCUGCUGCAAUUUUAACACUUGUGCCACCUGCAGCCAAUAAAGGUUGCACCUGUAGAUUUUUAUAGCUGCAAUAAAUGGCAGAUAUGUAAAUUAUUUGGUAACAACAAAGUUUAAAAUUCAAGUAUUCAGAGUUCAGAGACAUGCUGGACAGAUUAGACUUGGCAAUUUUUGUCCUCUUGUCCUCUUGAUUUUAUCCCCUUUUCCCACCAAAAAACAGCUGUUUUCAACAGUAUUAGUAUAUUUUUUAUACUACCAGAUUCCCCACAGAUGAAAAUUUUAAAUCCUACACACAAAGUUGCAAAGAACAGCAGCUAUAAAAAUUAAAGUACUGGCAGUUGUAACACUCACUACCUGCAUGUGGUAAGUGCUGUAGUACUACUAGAAAGUGUUCUUUUCCUUGCCUGUAGAUGGUAAGAUAUGCAUGUGUGCAUCUUACUUUCCUCACCUGUUGGUGGUGCAUGUUGUAUUGGAACUGCAGGACCAGGGGCCUCAUUUAUAACUGUUUUGUAUGCACAAAACAGGGACUGAAAGAGGUGUACACCACUUUUUGCAAAACAUGGGAUCUACAAAAUCUAUUAAAACAAACUUGACAGGAGAAUGUGCUCAUACUUAUAGAUCAACCUGAUCCUAACUCAGAUACUAACCCUAACCCACUCGAUCAACUUCUGCUCAAUACUUGCCUGCAGGUGCACAUGCGCACAAUUUUUUAAAUCUAAUUUUGGCUUUUGUGUGCAUGUACACUUUCAGUACGGAUCCUAUGCACUGUUUCAUAAAUGAAGCCCCAGAACUGCUGGUUCUGCAACUCUGCAGUUGGAUGACAUGGCUGGGCCUGGUUUCAGGUGCUUUGCAUCCGAGACACUAUGUGUCCUUGUCAAUAAUGCAAUAGGAGAUAUUGCAGAAUGUGCCUUUAAAUAUCUCUACUGUAAACUGAUACAAACCAGAGUCCCAUUCUGUGUGAAUUUGAGCAGUAUGUACAAGGAUUGUUAAGACAGCUGAUACAGAGGGACAGUUUUCUGUCAUCAGCCAGUGAUGAUAUAUUUUUUUCUCCAAGGUUGUUUAGUUAUUUUAGGUUCUGUCUGGCUUCACAAAGCAUUUUUAGCUUAUAACCACACUUACAGAGUUUACUGUUAAUUUGUUGUGUAACUGCUCCAAACAUAUUCUACAGAAAUUCUUCAGCAUAUAUCGAGGUUAUGUUUUUUUAGAUUGUGUGUCUCAAUAUGGUCAUAGCAGCUCCUGCAGCAUACUGCAACAUGCAGUAACUGUUUGGCUAACAACAACAUGAGAAACUCAGUCUAAAUCUUUCACCAAAGCCAGAAACUCUAAGAUCCACGUCUGUAAGGAUGUGUGCAGCUGUAACCUUGCUACUGUUGCACAUCUUUACCUGUUAAUUUCCAUCUUUGCUCAAUGGUUUUUCAUCCUGAGUUUUUUUCCAGGAACACACCUGACAUUUCUGAAUGAGAGCAGUGUUAUUCUUAAUGUUUGUUUUUAUACUUUCAAUACAAAUGUUUAUAAGCUCACAUUAGGGUCAUUUUAACUUGCAGAACCUUUUAAUAUUGCAUAUCUGCUGACUGGAUCUAUUUCAGAUGGCACUUUUUAGGAGCAUGAAUUCAGAUCAAGCUCAUUAACAUCUGUGAGGGGAUUCAUUACAGUGAUUACAGCCAAAAAUCAUCUGCAGAAAAAAUGCUCAUAAGUGCAGUAUGCAAAACAUUCUCAAGAGUAUUAUGAGCUCUAUAAAACCAACAGAUGCCCUGACUAAGUUGAUUUUCUUGAAAGUAAUAUAUAUUACAUACGAAAAGUUAAAAGCAGGAUGAAUUAACUGUUAAUUAGCUCCAGGAGUAUAUUUACAAGCUGGCACUGUUAUCAUUGUAUUUCAGUGUACCCUAAUGCACUAAAAACAGAAACAAGCCUAUGAUUAACACAGGUUAUCUUGUUUAUUACAGCAUAAUCAUAAGGUAUAUAUCAGAAAAUUACAUCAGAGUCACAACAUCACCUUUUACACAAACCCCAUAAAGAACUCAACCCAGUAAUUGUUUGCACUCUUGUAUAUCAGUGCCCUGAUGACAAUAAGCAGGCACUCGCUCUGUGCUUAUAAUGUGUUUAUGAUCCUGUAUAAUGCCUUUUAUGAGCUAAAAGCUGGCAGUUGGAUACCAUCCUUAACCAAUCAAAUCGCUUGGUUCAGUCAUCUCGUUGCCUGUAAGGGAUAUUUGAAAUUCCUGAGGUGUAAACUUUACUACUUCAACAAAUUUAGGUCAUUAAAGUCACCCUGGGAAUUUACCUAAAUCUAAAUGUUAGAUUUUAAACAUAUGUAAUGACCUUGUCUUGUAUAUAGUGAGGUUUCAGUAGGAGCAGGUCGCCAGCCCGAGGAUUUAGUUUUUGCUUUACACAAAUAAAUGGAGUCCUUUGUUAAUCAUUUUUAAUGCUUCUCUUGUGUUAAACUUGAUGACCUUUUUAUGUAAAUAAGUACGGCAGCUGAACAGUUAUAUUUUUAAGUGUUUGCUUAAUCCGCCCUCGCUAGUAGCUGGUUUUGCAGCUUGGAUCCGUUGUCAUGAUCUUGAUUUUGAAAUGUUUUGUUCUAUUUGGUGUAGAAGUGUUUAAUGUUGAGUACGAAACCCCUUUAAAAUCUCCUCUUUUUGUUAACUUUUCAUUUUAGCACUACUGUUUUAUCAUCUUUAGUUUGUCAGCCUUUAAUUCUGUAGUGAAUAUUUAUGACGCCAGUACGUAAAUAUGUUCAAGUGAUAUUAAAAAAAAAAGAGACGUGAUCUUUGUUGAUAAUCUAAUGAAUUUUCGGGCUUGUUAUUUUUAAUUAUCUCAGUAAUAACAAAACUCUGGUUGAAAUUUGGCUUUAAAAAACACAAUUUGCAGCAAUUUUCACAACGGUUUCAUAUUUUUCACAAUUACUUUGAUAACAACAGGUCAUUUUUUGUUGUCGAAUGAGCAAUGUGUCACAUCUAUUUACUGUGCAGCUAGCAUGAAAUAAUGUCAAAUUUGGAACAGAAUUAUGAACUUGUCAUAAAGUUUGUAAACAAGUUCUAAAAUUCAUUGAUAAAUUGAACAAUCUGUAUUUUCUUUAUUCAUUAUAUUGCCUUGUGUCUGUGGUCUGAAAUACCAUGUGUGAAAUCAGUAUGUCUAAAGAAACCUCCUCAGUUUUGACUAGAAACAAGGCUCAUGCGCAUUUGUUGCAUAUGUUAAUGCAAUGAAACUGUGUACUGUGGUCAAAUCUGAAUUGAUAUGAGAGGAUGAUGGACUUACUUAAAAUGUGUAGAGAGAAAGUGAAUUUUGUCCAUGUAGUCAAACUUUUUGAUUAGUUAAUGCAUGACUGCUUCAUUCAUGGUUCAUUGAGAUGAGCAUCUUUUUUUACUGUAUCAUUUACCUGAAUAAAGUGAAUCCAGGCGGG